AUGAAGAAACAUUACGACACAAUUCUAUGCCUCUUCGAGAAAUGCAAAACUAUGGCUGAGCUGAAACAGCUUCAUGGCUUGAUGAUAACUUCACCGGUUAUCAGAAGUAGAAUUCCUGUGAGCAAGCUUAUUGAUUUUUGUGUCGAUCCAAAAGCCGGUGACCUCCACUACGCAAGGUCGGUUUUUAACAGAAUUGCUCAGCCGACCAUCUACAUUUGGAACUCCAUGAUCAGAGGUUACUCCAACAGUGACACCCCAGUUGAGGCUCUGAUCAUGUACAGAAAAAUGCUGCAAAUGGGUUCUUUGCCGGACAAUUUUACGUUCCCGUUUGUGCUCAAAGCAUGUUCGGUAAUCAGAGAUCACAACUGCGGAAGAUCUGUUCACAACUGUAUUGUGAAAACUGGGUUUGACUUUGAUGUGUAUGCUUCCACUGCUUUGCUCCACAUGUAUGCUUGUUGUGGAGCCAUGGAAGCAGGGUUGAAACUGUUUGAUGUUAUUCCUAAGUGGAAUGUGGUUGCUUGGACUAGUUUGGUUUCCGGGUUGGUAAACAAUAAAAGGGCAAGUGAGGCUAUAAAGGCUUUUAGAGAUAUGGAAAGUUGGGGUGUAGAGCCUAAUGAGAUUACAAUAGUGAAUGUUUUGGUUGCUUGUGCUCGAACUCGGGAUGUAGAUACCGGAAAAUGGGUUCACAAUCGCCUUGCCCGUCUAGGGCAUGAUCCCUUCACUUUGAGUGAUAAUUUUAAUAUAAUUCUUGCUACUGCCAUAGUGGAUAUGUAUGCAAAAUGUGGCAGCUUAGAAAUUGCAAGGAAUCUGUUCAAUAAAAUGCCUCAAAGAAACUUGGUUGCUUGGAAUUCCCUGAUCGGCGCAUAUAACCUGCAUGGCCGGGCUGAGGAAAGCGUUAAUCUCUUUGUUGAUAUGCAGAUUGCCAGGUUUGUCCCAGAUCAAGCUUCCUUUUUGGGUGUGAUAGGUGCCUGUGCCAGUCUGGGGGUUUCGACUUUGGGACAAUGUCUUCAUGCUUACAUAUUGAAAACCAGCAUGAGCAAAGAUCUUUCCAUAGGGACUUCUUUAGUAGACAUGUAUGCCAAAACUGGAGAUUUGGAAAGUGCUCGGAAGAUUUUCGACAAUUUGCGGAAAAAGGAUGUUAAAGCAUGGACUAGCAUGAUCUUAGGCUUGGCUAUACAUGGUCACGGUGUGGAAGCUCUUGGGACUUCCAAAAGCAUGCAAGAAGAUGCUACUGUUGUUCCUGACCAUAUCACGUAUGCUGGGAUUUUGGUUGCUUGCAGCCAUGUUGGUCUGGUUGACGAGGGUUGGAGACACUUCAACGAGAUGAGAGAGGUCUAUGGCAUUGCUCCAAAUCAAUAUCACUAUGGUUGCAUGGUUGAUCUUUUGAGCAGAGCAGGUCGGUUCGAAGAGGCGAUGAGACUAGUGGAGGAAAUGCCAUUUGAACCAAAUAUCACCAUCUGGGGUGCUGUUUUAAAUGGAUGUGAGAUACAUGAAAAUGUUGAUCUAGCAGAUAGAAUCAGAACUCAUAUAACUGAGUUGGAGCCUCAGGGUAGUGGGGUUUAUGUGCUUCUUUCUAAUAUUUAUGCCAGGGCUGGGAAAUGGCAAGAAGUGAAGAUGGCUAGAGAAUUAAUGAAAGAAAGGAGUAUUGAGAAAACUCUUGGGCAUAGUUUAGUUGAGAGGAAGUUGUCAAUUUAA